GUGUUUAUCUCAAUGAAGGUGUUAUUUGUUAGAUUAUACCUCGCAAUUUCUGAGAUCUGUGGAUCGAACAUGCAAAAAAAAAAUCCCCGUCCACGGCCUUCCGAUCCCCACUGCCCCAUGCCAUUCUCGGCGAGAAAGAAUUCCCCCGGAUACCUCUCCAUUUCGUGAUCAGCAUGAAAGAAUUUCCCCCAAUUCGUCUCCAGUUCGGACCUAGGGUUUCCAGCGAUGUGAACCUCUCCCCUUCUCCGGGAGCGACGCCGGCGAGAAGAAACACUCGGAAUUGUAUAUAGGACCGGGAGGGCGGAGAUGUGAGCUCCGGCCGGCGGGGAGAUGGCUCGGGACGAUGCGGCGGUCGCUGUGGCAGAUGAGCAGAGCGCGCUCAAGAAGAAGACGGCGGUGUCGGGGAGCUGGAUGCUGUUGGAUUGCACCGGGAAAGGGACGAUUCUGGAUGUCGACAAGUAUGCGAUCAUGCACCGGGCUCAGAUCCAUGCUCGGGACCUGAGGAUCUUGGAUCCUCUCCUCUCGUACCCUUCCACCAUCUUGGGACGGGAGAGGGCCAUUGUUCUCAAUCUUGAGCACAUCAAGGCAAUAAUCACUGCAGAAGAGGUGUUACUUAGGGAUCCAAUGGAUGAAAAUGUUAUUCCAAUAGUUGAAGAGCUUCGCAAUCACUUACCCCCUGCAAAUGUUCACCAAGUGCAUGAGGAUGGGAGAGAAAACUUGAGUGGGCAACAUGAGGAAGCUGCAGAAGAAGAUGUGUCUCCAUUUGAAUUUCGGGCCCUUGAAGUUGCUCUGGAAGCAAUUUGCAGCUUUCUUGGUGCACAGACCACGGAACUUGAGACUGCUGCAUACCCAGCAUUAGAUGAACUGACUGCCAAGAUUAGCAGCCGUAACUUGGACAGAGUUCGGAAGCUGAAGAGUGCAAUGACUAGAUUGACUGCUCGGGUUCAAAAGGUAAGAGAUGAGCUUGAACAAUUACUGGAUGAUGAUGAUGAUAUGGCAGAUCUUUGCCUGUCAAGAAAAUUGGCUGGAGCAUCCUCCCGUAUCAGUUGUUCUGGUGCUCCCAGCUGGUUCCCUGGUUCACCGACAAUAGGCUCAAAGAUAUCUAGAGCAAGCAGGACGAGUGCAGCAACAAUACAUGGAAAUGAAAAUGAUGUUGAGGAGAUGGAAAUGUUACUAGAGGCAUACUUCAUUCAAAUUGAUGGCACACUGCACAGAUUGAUCACACUUCAUGAAUAUAUAGACGACACAGAGGACUACAUCAAUAUCCAGCUUGAGAACCAUCGAAAUCAAUUGAUACAGUUGGAGUUGUUUUUAAGUUCAGGCACAGUUUGCCUCUCAAUUGGUGCACUAGUUUGUGGGAUAUUUGGAAUGAAUCUCCCAUACUCAUGGAAGCAUAACCAUGGAUAUCUAUUCAAAUGGGUGAUCAUCAUCUCAGGACUAGUAUGUGCUAUUCUUUUCAUCUUAAUUUUUGCUUAUGCUCGCCGCAAGGGUCUUGUUGGAUCCUGACCAUUAUGGAGGUACACAACUAAGGAGCUAAAAUGUCAACCCUCUUCUCCAAACAAUCAACAAAAUUGACACCGGGUUUCUUGUGCCAGGGCUUAUUUACCAUCCAUUACAAUGACCUACUUCCAUUGCUGGACCAAUCCAUCUUUUAUACCCACUUCCUUGCCUGUAUAAUGAGAGUUCCAAGUUUCUGUUGGAUUAAGAGAUCAAAAGUUGGGGACAGGGUUUAGCACUCUUGACCAAAAACUCCAGUUUCCAGUUUUCAUGGUCUAAGCAAACUUCACAACUGUUGUUGUAUUAUUCAUUCAUAAACAUGUCAAUUUAUGAAUUUUCCUUGUCAGAUAAUCUAUUUCAGCAUGCAGGUUAAAGCAGCAAAUAUAUAUGUUGUAUAAAUAAGUUCAGAUAUUUUACAGCUAACUUAUCAAAGACAUGUUAGCAAAAUGUUUGUAUAUUUUCAUUGCUACCGUAAGACAGAAUAAAAGAAAAGCUCGUCAUGCUGUGGAAGUAGUUGCUU